CGGGUUGUCAUGUGACUUGACGCGACCACCUGAUCUCUCGUCUGACCAGCAGCGUGUUGAUCAAGCAGUAGAUAACAGUCCGCCUCCACGAAGGCACAGCGACAUCUGACGUGUUUCAGGUAAAGCACGUGGUAUUCUCAACACAAUGAGGCUGGUCAUUCUGGACGAGUAUGACCUGGCCAGUGAGUGGGCAGCAAAAUACAUCCGCAACCGAAUCAUCCAGUUCAACCCCUCCGCGGAGAGAUACUUCACUCUGGGCCUACCUACAGGGAGCACUCCCUUUGGCUGUUACCAGAAGUUAAUAGAAUACUACAGAAGUGGAGAUAUCUCAUUCAAAUAUGUCAAGACCUUCAACAUGGAUGAAUAUGUAGGUCUACCUCGCGCUCAUCCCGAGAGCUACCACUCCUACAUGUGGAACAACUUCUUCAAGCACAUUGACAUUGAUCCGGCCAACGCUCACGUCCUGGAUGGAAACGCAGAGGACCUGGAGGCAGAGUGUCAGGCCUACGAGGAGAAGAUCACAGCGGCUGGAGGAAUCGAGCUGUUUGUUGGAGGUAUUGGCCCUGAUGGUCACAUAGCAUUCAAUGAGCCCGGUUCCAGCCUUGUUUCCAGGACCCGAGUGAAAACCCUGGCGAAGGAUACCAUUGUGGCCAACGCUCGUUUCUUUGGCAACGACCUCUCCAGGGUUCCCACCAUGGCCCUGACUGUGGGCGUCGGAACUGUCAUGAACGCCAAAGAGGUGAUGAUUCUGAUCACAGGAGCACACAAAGCCUUCGCUCUGUAUAAAGCCAUAGAGGAGGGAGUGAACCACAUGUGGACCGUGUCGGCCUUUCAGCAGCACCCACGCACCAUCUUUGUCUGUGAUGAGGACGCCACCCUGGAGCUACGAGUCAAAACGGUCAAAUACUUCAAAGGUUUAAUGCAUGUUCAUAAUAGACUGGUGGACCCGGUGCUCAGCAUAAAGGACCAGUGAAGGAAGUGAACUGAAGAUGAUUUCCCUGCAUACGACAUGAGUGGGCAGCCUUAUUGUUCUGGUACUGUACCGGAGGAUCUUAUGAACCGGCGUUUGAGUGACUGUCCCGACCUGUGCAUUCAGUUCAUCCAUAGACUUGAGCUGCCUUUUGGUUAAUGUCAACAGAUAAUGAACGAGUGGUAAACGAUUAAAGGACAUAUUCCCUCUGAGGUUCUUUGUUUUGCAGUUUCCAUUUAAAGGGACCACACCAGGUCACUUGAUCUAAUCACUGCUGGUGGUCUUGGAUGGUCUUGGAUGACUAGAUUCAAAGCCAUCAUGACAGUAAACAUGAUGCCUUCAUUCUGUUUGGUAUGUGAAGAGAACACAGACAAGUGUCUCUGUGAAUGAAACGGCAUAGUAUAUGUAUAUUUGAUAACUCUUCUUUAUGUUAGCUUUGGUUUUUCAUCUUUGACUCUGGUCCAACUGUUACUUUUGUAUAGUCAGAGUAAUCUCAUCCCAGCACACUGCAGCACACUAAAGGAGUCAAAACUGAACCAACACUAAUCUUCCAGUUUCAUUUCGCAGAAUGAUCUCAACUUUAAGAUCCACUUAUUCGCUUUGCCAGAGCUUUUAACUGCAUCUAAGGGACUUCAUGGGUGUCCUGCCUGAUCUAUUACUUGGGUUGUCCACUGACUCCUGGUCCAUGAACUUUGACCUCUGUGACUGGUUCUGGUCUGGUGUCUCUGAAGACUCUGAGAUUUGGUUGAAAGCUCCAAAGAAAAGCGAGUUUGAGAAUCUUGGGUUGAGAUUAUUUUUGUCACUUACUGAUCCCGGUGUCGGGUAUGAACGUCUGAGCUCAAAUCCCCCCUCGUUUAGUUUGGUUCUUUUCUGUGAUUUGCAUUGCAAGCAUCCCCGCUGAGCUUCACACGUUUUUUAAAAUAUAUAUGAACAACCUUUUUUUUUUUAAUGUAUUCAGUGAUGAUUGGUUCUUUUUCUGGACGUUUUUUUUUUUUUUUUUUACUGCCAAAUUCAACAGCAUUUGGAUUCAUGAUGAAUCUAUUCAAGGUCUGCUUGUCAGUAUCCUUUUUGCAGCCUUUCACUUAUUUCUGAGUAAUGGUGUGAGCCAUCCUCUCCUUUAUAGUUAAAACAUUGUGUUCUUGUUUCUUCUCUAUUCUAAUGUCACUCCUCGUGUUCAUCAGGCUGUUACAGUUAUGACAUCUAGUCAGUGUUUGUGCACACAUACUGUAGUUUUUGUACUCUUUAUUUUCUAAUGACAAUAAAAA